AUGAGACAGAACCGAGAGAUCCGUCAAGUAUAUGCCAAAAUCGAGGCAUUAGCCAAAUCGUACGCUGAUAACGUGCCUUUGAUUCGCCACGACGUCUUGAUCCUGAACGGCAAAAACAGCGAGUAUAUAGUUACAGCUGCCGACUUUGUCCGAGAUAUCAAUGCCUACCUCGCAACUCGAGUCAACUCCACGGUCCGAGAUCUCCAAGAGCUGAUAGACUUCAACGAACGACACGCCGAGCUGGAACUUCCUCCCUAUAAGAUUAACGAAUACAACGAGCACUUUGAGCACCUCCGACAUAUGGUCCGAGACCAGGGGAUCGAUUUCGUCCUCGACACGUAUGGGGUCGAUAUAAUCAUGGCACCGGCGGACAGCCUAUUAAUUUCCUACGCGGCCUACAGCGGGUAUCCAAUCGCUACAUUGCCACUAUCAUACCUCGACUACAACGGCCGACCCUUUGGGCUUUCGGUGAUUGCGCGUGAGAAUCAGGAAGCCCUGUUGAUUUUGACGAUUGGAUAUUUAGAGUCAUUAAAAGAGAAACGGCGAACUAAUCGAGAGGAAUUCGGGGAUAUUUACGAGAGUUUAACCAUAUGUCUGUACAAGAGGACCGUGGCACCAGUGGAUCUGGAAGAGGCUACACUGCAGACCGUCCACCGCUGA